GUUCCUUGUCAGGACGGCCUUCCAUAUUUGGAAUAAAAUGAUCAGUUGAGACGUGAGGCGAGCGCUCGUCCUCUGUCCGCCCUCUUUUUCUGUCUAAUUAAGCUCUCUUGCGUUAGAGUUGGGGGGGAGAGCGAGAGAUGGGAGAAAUUGGAGAUGGGGAGGCGCGAUCGCCGCUGCUGGGGGUGACGCGGAGGAACUCGGUGAACACGAUGCGUGGGGAGUUCGUGGCGAUGCUGCCGGAGAAGGUCCGGGCCGCCGUUGACCCGGAGAGGCCUUUCCAACUGGAUGGUUCCAGAACCAAAGGCAUAGACGAAGGGGUAAAAGAGUACUAUGAAAGACAAUUUGCUACUCUCAGAUCUUUUGAGGAGGUUGACUCCAUUUGUCUGCCUGAUGGAGUUGAUAAAGAUCAAGAAGAUUUAGAGAGGGCAGAGCUGGCACAGAAUGAAUUUGCAAUGCAGAUCUCAAAUUAUGCUAAUAUUGUUCUCUUGGCAUUAAAGAUUUAUGCUACUAUAAGAAGUGGAUCUAUUGCGAUUGCUGCAUCAACACUGGAUUCCUUGUUGGAUCUCAUGGCAGGUGGCAUUCUCUGGUUUACUCAUUUGUCAAUGAAGAACAUAAACAUCUACAAGUACCCUAUUGGCAAGUUACGUGUGCAGCCGGUUGGCAUCAUCAUAUUUGCUGCAGUAAUGGCUACUCUAGGCUUUCAGGUCCUACUUCAAGCACUUGAACAAUUGAUAGCUGAUGAGCCUACGGAAAAGAUGUCCUCAACACAACUGAUUUGGUUAUAUGCAAUCAUGCUGACUGCUACUGUGGUAAAGCUUGCGCUAUGGCUUUAUUGUAGAAGCUCAGGAGACAAGAUUGUCCGAGCCUAUGCUAAGGAUCAUUAUUUUGAUGUUGUAACCAAUGUUGUGGGCUUGGCUGCUGCUGUUCUUGGUGAUGAAUUUUAUUGGUGGAUUGAUCCUGCUGGGGCCAUCAUUCUUGCAGUGUAUACAAUAUCAAAUUGGUCUGCAACUGUCUGGGAAAAUGCAGUUUCACUGGUGGGUCAAUCAGCUCCUCCUGAAAUGUUGCAGAAAUUGACUUAUCUUGUUAUUAGGCACAAUCCUCAAAUUAAGCGUGUUGACACAGUGCGAGCUUACACCUUUGGAGUACUUUACUUUGUGGAGGUUGAUAUUGAACUACCGGAGGAUCUGCCUCUGAAAGAGGCACAUGCCAUUGGGGAAUCACUGCAGAUAAAGAUUGAGGAACUCCCAGAAGUUGAACGAGCAUUUGUGCAUCUUGAUUUUGAAUGUGAUCAUAAGCCAGAACAUUCAAUUCUUAGCAGGCUCCCCAACAGUGACCCUUGAUCUCCAUGCAUGGAUUCCACCCAAUCAUAAGAUUUUGUUUUGUAUGCAUGUUGUUUUAGUAAGCUGCUGAUAUAUCCAAGAUGAUUACAUAAGAUGACAAUGCAGAUGAUUGCUAGCUAAACAUCUUCGAUUUCAACCACGUAAGGUUGUUCAGUGCACCGAAUUACUUUUGGUAUCACAUAUCAAUAUUCUAGAAUAAAUAUGAUCACAAAGUUUUGAACCAAGGAGUAUGUAAACAUGGGAGGAUUUCUAUAGCAUGGUUUAAAUUGUCUAGCUGUUGAUGUAUUUUCAGGAUCUGUGGAUUUGUAUCACUAGAGUAAUUGGGGGAAAGAAUCCCAAGGAAAUAUGUUUGCAAGGAAAGACAUUGGUUCUGGUGUA